AUUUUAUUCUGAAAAAAAAAUUGUUAAAAGAGAUAUAUAAUUGCAGUGCUUGGAUAAAUUAAAAUUUUGUUUACAAGGAUAUAUUUCAAAUCACAUAAGGAUAUAUAAUAAUCAUGACAGCUAGACAGCAAAGUUUGUCAGCCAAAGUGCCUAGGUAUGUAGCUUUAUUCUUCCCAAAAGAUAAAACUACUGCCAUAGUGCCAACAGACAACAUCCAAACAGAAACAUUCAAGGACAAAGAUGUGAUAACUGUUAAUUUUAAUGAUGAAAACCUCAGUGCAGAAAUAAUUUUGAUGAGCAACUCUCGUGCCACAUUAACAGAUUCAUUAGAGGAGUUUGUACCCUCUACAUCAGAAACCACUGAAAUCCAGGAAGCAGACUUGAUUUCAAACAAAAAGUCUAAGAAGGCAUUAAAAAAGAAAACAGAUGUAAGUAUAUUUACUUAUGUUGUAUCAUAAUUUCUGUAUAUCUUUCAGCGAUUUUUAAGACAGUACUAUGUGUUAGAUAUAAGUUACUGGUAUAAUGGCAUAAACCAUUAACAUUUUUUUGUCUUAUAAAGCAUUAAAGCAGCAUGCCUCCAG